AUGUCCAAUCCGCCCGCUGGCCAGAGGCGACGGCUCCAGAUCAAGCUUCCCCGGCCGAAACCGCCACCCUCUGAGCCAGUCAACGGCGGAGCCAGGGUGGGCUUGCGCAUCUCCCUCAAGAGGAGGCCCAGCCGGACCGCUCCGGAUGAAGAGGACGAGGACGAAGACGACGAGGACCACGGCGACAGUCGAAGUGAUGGCAGCGGGGACAGCCAGGCCGUCGACGAGGAUGAGGACGAGGAUGACGCCCAAGAACAACAAGAAGGAGAGAGUGACGAUGGCCGCAGUGCCGUAGGCAACCGCAGCGUCGAUGGCGAAGAGGCCAGGGACGACAGCGAGCAAGACAGCGACGAGGACGAGGACGAGGACGAGGACGAAGAGGAUGACGACGACGACGACAAUGGCAGCCCAUCUCGUCACCAGGCGCACGGCCGUCGCGAGGAGGACAUGGAUCAAGACGAGUCCGACGACGGCGGACGCACCCACCACUCGGCCCCUGCGAUGCCGGCCAUCUACUCUUCGGGCUCGAGAUCCAGGCCAAUCAAGCGUCUCCGCUCCAAGGGCCUCUACGACGCACUGCCCAAGCUCAUCGACAACCUCAAGCGGCGGGACAGCUACAAGUUCUUCUGGGAGCCCGUCGACCUCGAAGAGGUGCCCAACUACCUCGACUUCAUCGAGCACCCCAUGGACCUUGGCACCAUGGAGAAGAAGGUGCAAGACAGGCUCUACUCGCACAUGGACGAGUUCAAGCGCGACUUCCAGCUCGUCGUCGGCAACGCCCAGACCUUCAACCCGCCCGGCACCCUCUUCCACGGCGAGGGCAGGAAGCUGCAGCACUGGGGCACCCGCGCCAUCGAGAGGGAGGGCAUGGCCGUCAACGACAACGGUCGCGCAGGCGUCAAGGGUGACUUGCUUCGGCGAUCCAGGGAGGCGAGCCGCCUCGGCAGCGUCGGUGUUGGCGCCGGCACGAGCCCCGUCGGCGACGCCGUAGGUGGGGGUGGCAGCCGCGACAGCGUCGGCGCCGGGGAAGGCGAGGGCCUGCAGCCCGAUACGCCGACGCUCGACAGAAGACCGAGAAAGUCGUUGCGCAUGGCGCUGGCCGGCAACGCCGGCCUGGACGCCCUCUUUGAUGCCGCACGCCUCAAGCCGGGCGACGAGGCUCGUGCUGCGGCAGCGCUGGCCCUCGCCACUGCAGGCCGAUCUGGUGGCGGCGCCAGCCUCGACCUCAUGGACGUCGACAUGGACCAGGAUGGUCGUGGCAUCGAUUCGGAUGGCGACGAGCAGCCGGACGCCGCAGCGGAGGAGAAUGCGGGCGGAAGGCGGAGCGCAUCGCUGCGGGAAAGAUCGGCGACCGCCGACCAGGGCGGAACGGUGCUCGGCGGCCGGCGGAGGCUCGCCACCGUCACGGGGACCCCGCUAGCGGCGUUUGCGCGUGAAGGCGCAGCAAUGGCCAAGUCGACGCCGGCGAGCAAGAUCAAGCCCAAGCACCGCCUCGGGCCGGUGGGCACGCCCAAGCGGCUGGCCGCCAGCUUCAGCGCCAGCCGCAGCGGGACGGCGACGCCAUCGUCAAUGAGAGCGGCCGUGACCAGUCAGGCAGCCACCGCCGCUGCCGCUGCCGCCCUCGCUGCAGCAUCUGGCUCGGCCUCGGCCGUGUCUGCGCCGGCAGCGUCCACCAACUUCGUCUACGCGCCCGACGGCUCCAUCGAUCCCAACGACAUCGACGACCUCCACUCGUUCUUCACGCUGCGCGACCCCAAGCGUCCGAUCCUUGUCCCGACGAUCGAGUCGCUUCAGCCGCUCGCCUUUGUCCCGCAACAGCACUCGGAUCGCGCCGCGACAGUCCAGGCGGCGUCCAAGAAGAAGGACAAGGACCGCGACCGCGAUGAAAAGGACGGUGCCAAGGAGGGCGAAGGGGACAAAGAGAAGGAGCAGGAGAAAGAAAAGGAGACGGAGACGGAAAAAGCAGACAAGGCGGACAAGGAGAAGGACAAGGACAAGGCGAGCAAGGCAGACAAGACGGACAAGUCAGACAAGGCAGACAAGGCAGACAAGACCGAGAAGGCGGACAAGGCAGACAAGACCGAAAAGGCGGACAAGGAUCCGCUGUCGACGCUGCCGCCAGUCCGGCCUGGCGUGCCGGAUGCGCUCUUCACGGCCAUCGCACCGUCGCCGGAGCCGUACGCUGCCAACUACAGCCACGAUACCUCGGUUCUGCCCGACGACCUGGCGGCCAUGCCUUUCCAUGUACCAUCCGGGUCUUUGGGAGCGGGAGCGGAUGCGGGCGCUGCUGCGAAACCGUCGCUUCCCACCAGCUACGAGAACGUGGCGUACGCGCAGGCGCUCCUCAACGAAGGGCGGCCCAAGAAGCUCAAGGACAAGGAGCUCGAGAAGGAGAAGGAGUACACCGAGGACUGGACCCAGUACCGCCCGCACCUCGGCCGGCUGCUCGAGGCGCGCGACCUGGGACCCUGGAGCACCUUGCCCGGUCCCCCCUUGACCACCACGAGCGGCGGCGGCGGCGGCGGUCUCAAGCUGCGGGCCGAAGGCGAGCAGGGGCUCAAGCAGCGCCUCGAAGCGUCGCUGGACGGUCGAGGCGUCGACGUGCCCGAGCUGAGCGACCUUGUCAUGGCGUCAGCGGCGGCUGCUGCUGCUGCUGCCGUGCCCGCUGCGGGAGGCCGGCGAGGUGCCGAGAUGUUGGCGGCCUGGAGCGAGCGCACGCUUCGCGACAAGGUGUGGAAGGGCGCACUCGGCGAGGCAUACGCGCGCAGCGUGGCCGAAUUUAUCGGUGGGGCCAUCGACUCGCCUUUUGUGUGGCAAGAAGGCGAUCCGAUGCCGGCCUCGGGCGAUCUCGACGCUGCAGCAGGGGCGGUCGAUGCGGGCGUCCAGCUCAAGAGCGAGGCGGUCGAGGACGAAGAGAUGCAGCCGCGCAACAGUCCAGCACCGACGGCAGACAUGAACCCCGCCACCGCCACCGCCAACGCCACGCCGACACCUGCACCUGCACCUGGACCCACCGUUUCGCAGGCGAUUCCCUCGGAAGCGCUGCUGCCCAUGCCGCUAGCGGACUACGUGGCCAAAACCGUGCUCGAUCCGCUCUCGUGCGGCAUGCUCGGCGUCAUGCGGAGCGUGGAGCAGCACCUCGUCUCGCAGCCGACGCUGACGGACGCGACAACAUCUCUGAGCGCGAAGACUGCGACUGAGCGGCUCGCCGACGGCCUCGACGACGCCAAAGAGGCCGAGGAGAUGCGCUCCAUGAUCGAGCACGUCCUCUCUACCUGA